AUGGGUAAAGGAAAAGAGCUUACAGAGUCCCAAAAAGGCGCUAUUCUUUAUGGACAUCGACUUGGCCAUUCAUGCAGAAAAAUUGCAGUAACUGUAGAAUGUGGACCCUCUGCAGUUUCAACUUGUAUAAGAAGAUAUGCGUAUCCAUAUUUUUCAUUUUUUUGUAUCAUCUUUACGCUCGAUUAUCACGAGUAUAAUAAUAUUAUAUUCAACCCCAAAAAGCAUUUCUCGAUCGAUAUCGACCCAUCUUGCAAAACCUUUGUUGGAGGAAAGGGAUUACAUUUUGACAAACUUAACUUUGGACAUUUCCAGAAAUUAGUACACUCAGAGAUCAAGUACACUUCCAGAGCCAGCGACCUGGAGCUAUGGAAGGUUUUUAUCCCUACUGAAGGAGAAGACGAAAAGCUAAAAAUACUACAGGAUUACGCAGAAAAUAAUUCUCACGCAGAAUUUGAGAUUGAAAAACAACUUGAAGGUGUGAAGUUGUCACCAUCUAAAAAAAUCAGAGAAAUUUUUGAUAAAGGUCCAGAAGACGAUCACAUUCAUAUAAUAAUAAAGAGACCUGCUGAAGGAACUCCUUUGAAAAGAGCACGUACAGAAGAGAAAGGUAAAAAUUCGCAGAAUAAAGAAGAACCACCAUGGUCACCCUCACCGAAAAAACAAAAGAUCAAGACGCAUGGUACAGCUACUAUCUUCGCAGGAAAAGGAAGUCCCAUUAGCCUUGAUAAUUUUAGUGAGAUUUUGAAUCGAGGAUACACUAUAAUCGACAAGACACUCUUAAUCGCCGAAUUUAUUGAUUGCAGAUCUUUUUCGAUUCCCAUCUACCUUGAUAAUGAGAAUUACCAUCGCGAACUUUUUAAAGACACAAGAAUUAUGGAGAGAUCGGAUCUUUUUGAUAAACAUUUUUGCAAGUAUCCAGUAAUCUUUCUCUCUCUCAAGGGUUUUGAUGGUUGUGAAACUUGGUCGGAAAUGCAGGCCCAACUAUGUCAGCAGUUGGCAACACUUUAUGAAGAACACAAAUAUGUUUAUGAAAAACUUAGCUAUAGCCUGCUAAAUGCAUCACGCUUUGAUCAAAUAUAUUCUGGUAUUCUAAAAGAUGGCAUCACUAAAAACGCUCUUUUCUACCUCUCCAAGUACUUGAAUGACUAUCACAGGAGCAAGUGUAUUGUACUGAUUGAUGAGUACGACCAUCCUAUUGACGUUGCUUACCGAUAUAAAUAUUACGAAGAAGCUCGUGGGCUUUUAGCUACUCUAUUUGGAGCGUUACUCAAGGGCAAUGACGAAAAUUUGGAAAAAGCGCUUCUUGUCGGUGUGUUCCGCAUUUCUAAGUCAGGAUAUCUGUCAAGGCUUAACAACAUGCAAGUGUUCCCAAUGCACAACCAAGAAUAUGCUGACAAAUUCGGUUUCACUGAAGAAGAGGUUUUCAUCAUUCUUCAACAUUACAAUAAGUCCCAAGUGGAAAAGAUCAAAGAUUAUACGAAUAAUUUGGAGGCGCACUGGGUAGAUACAGGAGGCACCACAACCAUCAAGAAAUUACUUUGGCACUCAACUGAAGACUUUAGAAAAAAGACAUUAACGUUACUUCAAAAAGGUGCGAUCAAUGUAGAGAUUUUGAAAGACAUUGAUUACUUAACACUAUCUCCUCAUGCAAGUGAUGUAUUAUGGACUUUACUCUACUAUGGAGGCUAUCUUACUAUGAACAAAGAAAAAAAACUAUGCAUCCCAAACACGGAAGUUUUCACAGAAUGGAAAGGAUGGUUAAAUAAUAGAAUUUCAUCGAAUCCAGAUACAAUGCUGGAGAUGCUUUUGCAAUGCCAUCUCACGAAAUUAGACGAGGAACUUCCAACGAUAAUAAUGGAAUCUCUUUCAUAUUUUGAUACUACAGAUAACUUAGCGGAAAGUAAUUAUCAUUGGCUUAUGGUUGGCAUACUUUCACCGGCUGGUGUAGGACGCUUUGAUGUUAGGAUUUUACCAAAUACAGAAAAUGUAGAUUAUCCGGUAUCGAUAAUUAUGGAAUUCAAGCGUGAACUUCGGAAGAAAUCUGAAGAGGUAAUAGCACAGAUAAUAGAGAAAAGAUACCGCACUGGUAUAAGAACUACGAAAUUGGUUGAGUGCGGAAUUGCUUUUAAGGGAAAUCGUGCAUAUGUAUUGAGUAGAGUUCUUCGUAAGGAGAGAGAUCAGUGGGCAGAGGACGAAAAAUAA